GCGAAAUGAUAAUAUUUAAAAUAUUAUUGAUCCUCGGUAUAUCCUGGCAAAUAGCCACAACUGAUGGAGCCAAUAUUUUGGGCAUAUUCACCAGUCACAGUCCAUCACAUUUAAUUGUGCAUUUGUCGGUGGCAAACGUUCUGGCCGAAAGAGGCCACAAUAUAACCGUUGUAGCUUCAUCUCAACCAAAAAUUGCAAUCCACAAGAAUAUUACAAUGAUCGUUGUACCGCUCACAAAGGAACAAGAGGUUAUCAUGCAUAGGUCGAUGGAAAAAAUGGCUUCCAAUAACGAUGGUUUUUUAACUUUAAUACGAAAUUUUUUUGGUUCCCUAAAAAUUUUCAUUGAUGCUCAGGCAGAUAUAUUAAAAGAUCCUCGAUUUACGAAGCUCUACGAAAGUGAAGACACCAAAUAUGAUUUGGUCAUGUGCGGAUUUUUUAUGAACACCUUUCAAUUGGGAGUAGCGGCAAAAUUUAAAGCCCCCCUCAUAGUAACAUGGACGAGUGCUGCUAUGUCUAUGGUUGGAAGAAUGGUGGGCAAUCCUUCUGGAGUUGAGUAUGUGCCAAGCCAUACGGUGAAUAUGGACAAAGGACAAGUGAAGAUGAAUUUUCUGCAACGUUUAAAGAAUUUUCUUUCGUACACUGUCUUUGAUAUAUUAACUUUUAUUAUGGAUAUACGAAUGAAACAAAUUUACAACGAUAUAUUCCAAGAUGAGGACGACUCUUUUCCAACUUUAGAUGAAAUGUACAAAAACGUCUCACUUGUAUUUUGCAAUAGCCACUUUAGUGAAGCCUCCAUAAAAGCCCAAGUACCAGCCGUUGUGGAAAUCGGUGGCAUUCAGGUUAAGGAAAAACCAAAUCGAUUGCCUGAGAACUUGGAGACGUUCAUCGAAAAUUCCUCGGAACAUGGAUUUAUACUUUUUAGUUUAGGCACAAAUGUAAAGGGAUCUCAUGUGAAAUCGGAAAUUGCAACGCGUAUAUUCAAUGUUUUAUCAAAACUAAAGCAAAAUAUCAUUUGGAAAUGGGAUGAUCUCAAGCAUACUCCCGGCAAUUCUUCUAAUAUACUAUACACAAAGUGGCUACCUCAAGACGAUAUUUUGGCUCAUCCAUAUCUCAAACUAUUUAUAACCCAUGCCGGUAAAGGUGGCAUUGCUGAAGCCCAGUAUCAUGGUGUACCUAUGCUAGCCAUUCCCAUUUUUGGUGACCAACACCCAAAUGCUUUACAUAUGGUUCAAGCUGGUUAUGGUCUUAUGGUCAACUAUUUCACACUAAGUGAAGAGGUUUUAAGCUCUUCUCUACAGGAGGUACUGCACAAUCCCAUUUAUCGGGAAAAUGUUCAGCGUUUUUCACGUCUUUAUCGAGAUCGCCCUUUCAGUGCUCGAGAAAAUGUAGCUUACUGGACGGAAUAUGUUAUGCGACAUAGAGGCGCUACCCAUAUGCAGAGUCCUUUAGUGCAUAUGAAUUUUAUUGAGAGUUCAAACCUAGAUGUUUACGUUGUUAUUCUGCUUAUAUUGUAUAUAAUGAUCGUGAUUUGUCGAUGUGGAUUUUUGUUUGUUAAGAGAAAAGUGUGUGAUAAAAAAUGUAAAAAAAAUAGCAAAAUAAAGAAUAAAAUUAAUUGAUUUCUCCCAU